AUGCGGAUCGCAACGAGUCCUACAGGAAGGGGGAAAAAUAGUUCGGUGCUGCCGUUGCUGAGGCGCUUCAGUUGGGGCAAUGGUAUGUGUUCUCCGUACUACACAGAACACAGGCGGCAGUCGACUCUUACCUCUUCGGCGUUGUCAUCGCCAGCAAAUCACAACCAACAAGUUGUGUACAGGAGUAUCCGAGAUUGCAGAGAGCGCGCUUUCCACUUGAUUCAGGAGCUCGUUAGUUCCCCUAUUCCCGGUUGUGGUUUGUCUUACUCAACCAACGGUAGUUUCGGAGGUCCAUCUUUGACCGUGAAUGCUGUCAGUGGCGUGGCUUCCCUUCUUGAGUUGUACGACAAGGCCUACUACUUUCUACAUCUCCUUCACAGGACUAUUCUUGUGCCGCGCAACGUGGUAAGAGACACAGAUGAUUUUACAGAGUUUCUGUUGCGCUGCUUUCGACGUCCCAGUGAUUCUUUGUUAAAGGGUGAUGAGGAGCUGCAAAUGAGCGAUACUGCCAUUGUUGAUGGUUUUGUGGAAUGGAUGGAGACGUCACUCAUGUCGGCUGGCCAGUUCGUGUCAUUUGUUGAAGUGCUGCAGCUCGUUGGAUCAUAUGUACGGUACCACAAGGGGGUGCGGUGGGGCGCAAGGCCUUCGGAGGAGGAAUGGUACCGCUGCGGCUACCGACUGCAUCCGUGGCACGACACCUACUGCCCAUCCUCACGGGCGGAGCAAAUGCCUUAUGUGCACUUGCUGCAGUGGCUGAUGCGAGCAAAGCCGACGAAGUUGGAAGAGAAGAUAGAUGAUAAGGAAGGUGCUCAUGGUGCAUCUUCGCUAUUUUCAACAGCUGCAAAGGAGAGUGCAAUGCGGGCGUGGUAUGCCACUGAGGAGUUCUCACCGCCUUCGUGGCAUACGGUUGUUGGUAAUAGUAAUCGACUUGGCUUUACAGCCCUUGACUGCGGUUGUCAUAGUGGCUACAUGACAGAACUUCUUCUGAAGGCUGGUGCGCAGGAGGUGCUUGGUGUUGAUGUGUCGCCUCAUCAUCUAGGGAAUGCAGAGGCAACUUUAAGUGAGCACUUGAGAGAGCGACGAAGCUCCUCGUAUUCAAGAAAAACGGUUCAGUUCGUUCGCUGUGACAUCCUUCCGGAUCUACCUGAUGAGGCAAGGCAAACGAAGACACCUCCUCUAGGCCCAGAAGGAAGCACAAACUCUGCUGCUGCUGAGAACCGGCGUCGGCUGGCACGGUGCCACCACAUGCCGAGUGAUUCGGAUGGAUUAAAAACGGAAACGGAGGUAACGGGUCCCUUUGACUUACUCUUGUUUCACCCACCUCUGCCACUGUUGUUUCCCACGUGGCCCCUGUUUCACGAUUUGUACGAAUCUGUAGACCAGCUUGCAUAUGAUGCCGGUCGUCGGCAUCCUCAUUGCCGUUUAUCUGUACUCAAUGAAUUUUUGCAAAGAUUAUUGGGCUCGUCAAAUGGCGAAGAAAAUAAUAGCGAGCGUCGGCGAAAUGCGCAUCAACAAUUGAACCACCAACGAAGACUUGUAGCACCACUUAUUAAAGACAAUGGCUACGUGGCUUUUAUACUCCCACGUAAUUUUGACACAAGAGCUAUUCUUCAACGCAUGUCCACUUCUUCGGCGGGGAAGAAUUGCACAAGUUGUGGAUCAGAUGGUUUGGCACCUCUUGUGCCUCUGAGCGAUGUUGUGACAAUGACUCUUGAGGGAUCUUAUACACUGGUGUUGAAACGGUCUCAUUCAUUGUCUUCGCUUCUGAAUCGCAUGGAUUAUAUACAAAAGAGUAUCUCCGCUUUCAUCAGAGCAUUUGUUUCUCCACAGCACCGUUCGCGUGUGGAGCAGGAGGUGAGGGACUUCUACAGCAAUCACCAAGCAAUAGACCUUAUUGUUAUGCGUAAGAUAGCAAGACAGAAGACAAAUGAAGAUAAUGAUAAUAAGGAUUGCAGUGUACGUGCAGUACUGCAAAAAGUUUCAGAGCCAAUUGCGUAUGAGGACAGUUUUGAGUACGAGGAGUAUAUUCCCGCCGGUGGUUCUCCGUUGGCACACCACUGGACUGAAAUGACACCAUCUUUCUCAUAUCUGGAAGAUGAAUUCUUUGGGUGUGCUGACAGCGUUGGUACAAAUGGACCCCCAAACGGAGCGAGUUUUUUAGCUGUUGGUCACCCGCUAGUUCCUGUGACGAGGCAACUUGUUGGAGUUGAUCGCUUUGGUGCUGGGGGGAGAGAUGCAACUCAGGGAGAGUCGGGAAGUUUUGACAAAAUGUUUGCAAAAGAAAUGAGAAGAAGAGGUGGUCGGAUGCGUAAGAUGGCACUGACGCCACUCGAGAAACAGGAGUGGUACAUUGAUGAGAAGCUUGUGAAAUCAGAGGCAGCGAAGGUUGACCUUAUGAACGAACUUUCACGAUUUGAAUUGAAGGACUUUGACUGA